UACUUCCGAAAGGCAGCAUAGUUCAAACUACUUUCCCAGGCUCGGUCUCUGCCCCACACAAGCCCAGGGGCACAAGACACUGUUGGCCAGGCACCUGUGAUGGUUUGUGUCUUGGGAAGGGGGUGAUGAACAUUAUGUGGGCAUCACCCUGAAUUUCAGAAGAAACCAGGCUGGAGGCCCCGCCCACCCUGCCCACCCCCAUCCCGGAGCUGUCAUGUGGCCCCUAGUGGCUGCCGUCGCUUGCCUGACCGUGGCCUUGUCCAGAGGAAUCUCCCGGGACUAUCCCAAGAUUCUCAAUGGUACCAAUGGGACCCACGGCUUUCUCCCAGGUGGCUACACCUGCCUCCCACACUCUCAGCCUUGGCAGGCAGCUCUGCUAGUCCAUGGACGGCUUCUCUGUGGAGGCGUUCUGGUUCACCCCAAAUGGAUACUCACAGCAGCUCACUGCAGGAAAGAUGGGUACACAGUUCACCUAGGCAAGCAUGCCCUGGGGCGUGUGGAGAACGGCGAGCAGGCAAUGGAGGUGGUCCGCUCUAUCCCCCAUCCUGAAUACCAGGUCAGCCCCACCCACCUGAACCACGACCAUGACAUCAUGCUUCUGGAGUUGAAGUCCCCAGUCCAGCUCAGCAGCCACAUCCGUCCUCUGCCACUCUCCCCAGAAGACUGCCUACCCACUGGUACCUGCUGUCGCGUUUCCGGCUGGGGCACCACCACCAGCCCCCAGGGACAAGCCUCAGAUGGUCUCUCUCCUUCCCCAGUGAAUUACCCUAAAACCCUGCAGUGUGCCAACAUUGAACUGCGCUCAGAUGAGGAGUGUCGGCAGGUGUAUCCUGGGAAGAUCACUGCCAACAUGCUCUGUGCUGGUACCAAAGAAGGCGGAAAGGACUCUUGUGAGGGUGAUUCCGGGGGCCCACUGGUUUGCAAUGGCAAACUCUAUGGCAUCAUCUCAUGGGGAGAUUUUCCAUGUGGACAGCCCAACCGACCCGGUGUCUACACACGAGUCUCGAAAUAUCUGCAUUGGAUCUGGCAUACCAUCAAAAACACUCCAAAGCAGAGAUGGACAAAGAGCACACAAUAAAACUUGGUUAAUUUGCCUGUCUCCCUCCCCUACUGUCCUAUCUCACUGUGCACUCCUCCCUUCUCUGUCCCCUCUGCCGUAAGUGUCCCUUUGGAAUCACGGACUCACAUUCACUACCAGCCACAUCCCCUCUACUAGCCAUGGAACUCAUCAAUAACUCUAGUACUCCAGCCCAAAUACCAUCCAAGUCCACAGCCACAUCAUCAUGUCCACCACAAACUGCAGUUGAUACCUGCAUAUCCCAGUUUAGUUUAUGUUACUCAGGCUCUUCAUGAAUUCAUCUCAGUAGCAUUCUGUAGAUAGACUUUACCCAGCAGUUUCUUGGAACCCUCAAAAUAUUACCUCCUGACAACACUGUAUGUUUAUAUUCAAGAAGGUUCUAGACUCCUUGCAUUAUGAAAGUCUCUCUUGUCCAGAAUCUUCUCCAUGACCACAUCCUAUGCACUUCAAGGUGACUCACCACAGCUACUCUAGACCCUCUGCCUAGCUCAUUCCUACUCCAAGAUCCUGACACAAACUACAUCCCACAUUCUAUAAGGCCCAGCUCCUGUCAACUCUGCCCCUCUCUGAAUCACUGCCACCGUAAAUCAACAGCUCUCUGGUCCCUACAGCCACAGGAGCCAAAGGCCUCCUUUGUGGGUCUUAUCACCCCCACAAGUCUCCCUUUAUCUCCUCUAUGAACAUCCUUACUCAAUAGUCCUUGUUUUCAUAUCUUUGCCUAUAACCCUGCAUCUGCUUAAUGCUAAUCCCUGCUUUGAAUAAGUCAUAAAACUCAAAACUUC